AGUGUCAUAUAGGAUUUUAUUGAAACCACAUAUUUUUCGUUUUUUAUCACAUCGAAACACUCUGAAAUUUCAUACUAGCCAGGGCUGUUUUUAAAAAUCACUUUUUGGUUUAUAGUAUAAUGUUUCAAACGUGUAAAUUUUUUCCAAGUUUAUUGUUUGUUUUUGGAAGCUUGUGUGGGUGUUGUUAUACCGUAAGUACUAAUAGAGUAACUACGAGAGAAAAUCAUCCUAUCGCUACCACAGAAAAACCUGUAGAGAUGUUAACGAAUUCAAGAUACGAGCAAGAAUUGGUAGAUUAUAACGAAGCUUUGACAAACUCGCGGAAAGGAAGAGGAAUUAUGGAUGAUUUCCCUGACUAUGAUCAUGAAAAUCAUCAUAACAUAUUCGUUGACCAUCCUACUGAAAUGCCAAAAUUGAAAGAAGAGCCCAAACAAGCUGCUGAUGCAUUUACCAAUUACUAUGACUUUAUAAUUACUGAAGGAUCUUUCAAAUUUUGGUCCGCCUUUCAACUAUUCACGGCGCUUUUGCUAAUUUAUUCGUCUCUUGCCGCUGCGUACUAUGCAAAAUUUAAUGUCAUUACCACCGAUUAUGAUUACUACGACGAUUUCUUCGGAAGGUCAAACAACGACGCGCCUUCCAAAAGUUUAUGGUCAGGGUUGUCAACCUCCACCGUUCAAAGAAUAUUCAACGCCAUCUCUUCCAAAAAAUACACGUAAUGAUUUCGGUAGAGGUUUUUAACAUUAGCAUUCAUUUUCACUAAACUAUUUACUCAAUCUGUUAUAAAUAAGUUGAUGUUACUUACGAUUUUGAGAAUAGUGCCGUAAAAGCUGGUCAAAGUUACAAAAAUUUUUUGUGAAGUUUUUUUCACAAAAAGAAAAAACAGAAAAAACAUGUAAUGUAAAUUCACUAAGACUGGUACAAAGACAAUGCACAAUUUUAACUAUUAUGUGUAGGACCGAAUGUCCUCUCUCGAGAGUUUUACAUCUUAUAUUUUCUUAUUAACCUGUACUGAGUGUCAUGUAAAGUGGAACAACGUGGUUAAUUGUAGGUUUGAAGACACUAACCUCUAAAAUCUUCUUCUCUCUUAGAUGGUCAAAGUAGAGGGGAGAUUUUAGUGGCCCUUGCCUUAUUGGUUGUCUGUACCUGUAUUAGAAUAGAAUCUUAGGUAGGAGAUACUUUAAAAAAAUUGAAAUUGUUAACGUGAUUGAAGAUCACUGUAACAAGAGUUUAAUAAAUAGAUCUUGGUUGAUUCCAAGACCUAGUUAUUUUGUAAAGGUUGAAGAUUAAUAAAGUAAUUUUGUAUUUAAAUUUUUGAUAUGAAAUGUUAAUUAUUAUAAUUGAUAAUGUGCUGUAUGAUUUUUUACUUUAAGAGUCUAUUGUUAAACUAUGUGAUAAAAUGGUGUUAAAUUUAUUCUAAAAUGGAAACUAUUGAAUUAUUGAAUUUCAUAUGUUGUUUGUCUACUGCUAGAAGAAAGGAGUAGAUUUCACUGAGGUGGUUGAUGUCUGUUUUUUUAUUUAUGUUAUUUUCUGUUUGUGCUAUACAAGCCAUUUCUAGGAAAAGACGUUUCUUGUAAUUGGUUUCCCUUUCUAGAACCUCUACUGACUCAAAGUCCAUCUGAUGUCCUUCAUUUACUACAUGAAGCGCUAAUGAGCAACGGUCAUGAUGCAGUCUGCAGUCGCUUUUGUGUGAAAUUAUGCGAUUUUUUAGAUGCCUUUCUGUGUGGCCUAUGUAUUUUUUAUUGCAGUUUUUGCAUGGAAUGCUGUAGACUACAUGUGACAUCUGCUCUCUAGAUGUUUUGUCUUUUACUUUUGUGUGAAGGUUUUUUAUUGAAAAUACCGUUUUAUUGGCAAUUUUGAAAUUAUAAAAAGAAUUAAGUACCCUUGCUAGUCUGGGUGUGAGCUCUUUGAUAUAAGGUAGAGAAAUCAUUGUGUAUUUGUACUUGGUUCAUUGGUUGUAAUAUGUUUAACAUUUUCUCCUAUUUCUCGGUUGUUAGUGUCAAUUUGUUCGGAGCUACCUAUUUCUCUUUGGACAUUUGUAUUGAUGUUGUUUAAUUCAUCUACUAUACCCUGAGGAACGGAUAAAGGGGUGUCAUAAAGGAUUUUCUUAACUAAAUCAGUGGGAUAAGAGUUAUCUGUAAAUAGGUUGUGCAAAAGUUUGAGGUUCUUUUCGUGAAAGGUUAUAUCUGAAAUUUUCAUCACUCUGGUCUUCAUUUGUUUUAAUAGAUUAAUUUUCAUUGAAUGUUUGUGAUAUGAUAGGUAGUGUAGAUAUUUACCUGAUGCUGUUGGUUUUCUAUACCAGUCCACUAGGAUAUUGUUGUUGUUAGUUCUAAUUAGUUUGGUGUCGAGGAAGGGAACAUAUUGUUCAUUAUCCUCUACUUCUAUUGUGAACUGUAUAUAUGGAUCAUAACUGUUGAAGACUGAUAAAAUGUCUUCUACUUGAUCUUUUGGAAGUGCCAGAAUGAUGUCGUCGACAUAUUUCUUUAUAAAGGUAAGGUUAUAGGGUAAGACUGGAAUGACUGUGUCAAGGAUAUCAUCUACUACAUAUGCAGCUAGGAUUGGUGAAACUUUUGCACCCAUUGGUGUUCCAAAGGUAGAUUUAUAUAUCUUAUUGUCAAAGGAGAAAUAAGUGUUUUCGAACAAAAAGGUUACCAACUCCAAGAAGGUAUCUAGGUCUAUUUUGCAAUGAGUUGAAAUUAUAUCCCAUCUUUUUUGUAUUGAUCUUAAACAAGCUUCUAAGUAGACGUUAGUAAACAGAGACACCACAUCAAGACUAGCAAGAAUAUAGUUAGGUGGAAGGGUGAUAUUUUCAACUAGUUUUUUUACUUCAAACGAGUCCUUAAUGUAAUAUUCAUUGUUUAAGUCAUAUGAGGUUGUUAGAAUGUCUGUUACUAGAGUGGCUAUUUUCUCUGUAGGCGCUCCCAUGGACGAUACUAUAGGUCUUACUGCCAGUUGAGGUUUAUGAAUCUUUGGUAGAGAAUAGUAUUUAGGUGUUACGCUGUUAUAUGUUGUAAGUUUCUUUUUUGUGGCAUUGUCUAUCAUGCCUUUUGUGUUUAAUGACUUUAUGAGUUUGUUACUUUUAGCCUGAACAGAAGAAGUAGGAUCACUGCGUAGUUCAAUAUAGGUAUUACUGUUCGUUAUUAAUUCAUUGGACAGUUCCAUAUAUUGAUGUUUUUCCAUAACUACAGUUACGUUACCUUUAUCUGAUAAAGUAACUAUUAGUUGUGGGUUUUGUUUAAGAAAAUAUUUUGUUUUAUUUACUAGUUGUUGUAAGAAGGAAGGUUUAGUUGAACUGUUACUUGUUACAUAAUUAGUAAGAGUGUUUGUAGCUCUGGCUGUGGCAAUUGAUCUCAAUUCUUUCUGUUUAAUAAAAGAAGUGGCAUAGUCUAUAUCGGCCAUAAGACGCUUUACAGAGAUAUUAUAAUGUAAAAACAGGUUCUAUGCUAAAUUUUGGACCUAACGCUAAUAUACAUGAAACAUCGUGCGGAAUCUCUACAUUGGUUAAGUUUUUUAACCAAUUUGAUUUGACUUUGAGUGUAUUUUUUAUAGUAUUUUCUUUUAAGUUGUUUAGUUUAUUGAUUUGUUUUCUUUUGAUUUUAUGAAAAGAAUGACUGUAUACUCUUAAUUAUCUACCUUUGAAUUCAUUAAACACGAAUUCUCCACAAUGCUUAAUGAUAACUGUCUUUAAAUUUAGUAAUUUUUUCUCUAAUUGUUUAAUUAAUUUAUGAUUGAUACCUAUCUCAUAGUUUAAAAGUUUAUCUCCUAAACUUGUGUUCAUGUUGUUGAUUUGAAGAUGUAAAAAAGGCUCUCGUUUUCUUGACUCAUCAUCUCGCUGACAGGAUUGGUCGCUGCAUUUAUGUGGUCAGGACGGAUGCAUAGUUUCCUGUUGUAUUCUUGUGCUAGCUUUAGUUUUGUCUUUGCCCAGUGUUUGAGUGAUAAGACUGCCACAUCUCCAUGGUUCGCUCUUAUGGUGGAGUAGAAACCUAUCUCUAUAUUAAAUAUAUUGUGUUAAUCAUAGCUGAUUAAGUUAGAAAAAAAAAACAAUUUUAAGACUCUUUGGGUAAAAACAGCUGAAAGGAUAGGCUAAGUGUACUCUUUAGUCGUUUAAUAAUCCAAUAUUUCGUCGACAGUUAUCGACAUCAUCAGGGAUAAGCUACAAUUAGUUUAUAUGAAAACUGACAAUCUGUUAUAAAUAAGUUGAUGUUACUUACGAUUUUGAGAAUAGUGCCGUAAAAUCUGGUCAAAGUUAUAAAAAUUUUUUGUGAAAAAAUUGUAUAAGUUUUUUUCACAAAAAGAAAAAACAGAAAAAACAUGUAAUGUAAAUUCACUAAGACUGGUACAAAGACAAUACACAAUUUUAACUAUUAUGUGUAGGACCGAAUGUCCUCUCUCGAGAGUUUUACAUCUUAUAUUUUCUUAUUAACCUGUACUGAGUGUCAUGUAAAGUGGAACAACGUGGUUAAUUGUAGGUUUGAAGACCCUUGGAUUGGAGUGGAUUAAAAACACAUGAAUUAAGACUAAUUAUUUACAGCCAAAAAGUAUUUUUUCUUAUGAAAGGAAAAACAGUUAUCUUAAAACUUGUGUAUUAACAAUACUGACAGGUUAAAAAUAUAUAUUCUCAGGAAACUUACUCUAUAAAAACUAAAUCACAAAUUGUAUUAAAUCUUCAUGUAACCUUCCGGGGCGAUUGUCUUAUCACAUUGUGCCCCUGUAACUUUUACUAAGAUAGUGAAUUUCUAACCUUUUGUUAAUCACUGUACUCAAGUUAGCCCGAUUUGCAUAUUUUUAUUAGUCCUUUUGUUUUAAAUUUAAAUAAAAAUAGUGACAGUUUUACAAAUCCAAGGAAUUGUGGCUAUCAGAAACAUGUGCAGACAUAAGAAAAAUUGCCGCUAGUGAUAAGCCAUCUUAUUAGGUACCUAUUUAUUCUAGGUAGCUAUCUGAUUUCUGGCAAUCCAUUAAAUGUAAAGUUUAAUACCAUACUAAACCUCGAAUGCUGUUGGGAAUUAUUUUUUCUUUACUUACCGGAUGAUUUAUUGCCAUUCGGGUAUGAUACCAGAAGCCCACCAUAGUUUUUAUACAAAUAUUUUGGCGCAAGAUGAUAUAGAAAAAGAGGACAACAACUAACAGAAAAUGUUUCUACACUUUUUACAACUUUCUCCGUGCAAAAGUGUUGUAACUUUAAAGUUCUAAUACUAAUUGUGUAGUGAUUAACAAUUUUUUCCGUGCAAAAGUGUUGUAACUUUGAAAUUCCUCAUUUUUUUAAUAUUAAUAUUAUUUUAUUAAAUUUCUAUUUUUGGUAAUAUUUAUUACAUGGUAUAAUGUAAUAUGGGCUAAAAAGCAUACAAAAUCAUAAAUAAAUGAUAAUUUUUUU